UCUUCCCCCAAGUUUGUGUCGUACGGUCUGCCCUCUGACUGUGCUCUCAAGCUUCCCGCCCUCUUCUUCCCCCUCCCCUCCUCUCCCCUCUCCUCUCCUCCUCCUUCUCCCCAUCGUCCGCGCCGGUUUAGAAAACUUCACUAACCCCCCCAGAUUCAACAAUUCAAAAAAUUUUCUACCAGGCCACCCUUAUUUUCUUCUCUCCCGCGUUAGCAAACUCCAGUCCACUGGAUUAAAUCAGAUCUUUGUCCGAUUUCCCCCGGCCCGCGGAUCCCUUUGAAAGAGGCUCUCACAAUCCGCCAGAUCACAAUGGCAGAACCGACCGGCUCAACCCGCCCCCAGGGCGAGGGUGUGCCCCCCAACCACCUUGGCACCACCGUCCCAAGUGGAGGCUUCGAGGGCCACGAUGAGAAAGCGCACGCUCCUGCUUCCGAGGCGCACUUCGAGAAGAAGCCCAUCCCUGACGAUGAUGAGGAGGAGGAGGACAUGGAUGCGCUCAUCGAGGAACUCGAGUCCCAGGAUGGUCACAUCUAUGAAGAGGAUGAAGACACCGGCGAGCCCGGUGGUGCUCGUCCCGUUCCGGAAGAGUUGCUGCAGACGGAUACUCGCAUGGGUCUCACGGACCAGGAGGUUACGACGCGUCGCAAGAAGUUCGGUCUCAAUCAGAUGAAGGAGGAGAAGGAGAAUAUGAUUCUCAAGUUCUUGAGCUACUUCGUCGGUCCUAUUCAGUUCGUCAUGGAGGCUGCCGCCGUCCUUGCUGCCGGUCUCGAGGACUGGGUCGAUUUCGGUGUCAUCUGCGGUCUCCUUUUGCUUAACGCCUGCGUUGGUUUCAUUCAAGAAUUCCAGGCCGGUUCCAUUGUCGACGAAUUGAAGAAAACUCUUGCUCUCAAGGCCGUUGUCCUCCGCAAUGGCCGUCUGUCUGAGAUUGAAGCCCCCGAAGUCGUACCAGGUGACAUCCUUCAGGUCGAAGAGGGUACUAUCAUUCCCGCCGACGGUCGCAUUGUCACUGAAGGCGCUUUCCUUCAAGUUGACCAGUCUGCCAUUACUGGAGAGUCGCUUGCCGUCGACAAGCACAAGGGCGAUACCUGUUAUGCCUCCUCCGCUGUCAAGCGUGGCGAAGCCUUCAUGGUGAUCACUGCCACUGGUGAUAACACUUUCGUCGGCCGUGCUGCUGCUCUCGUCAGCGCUGCCUCCGCUGGUACCGGUCACUUCACUGAAGUUCUUAACGGUAUCGGUACUGUCCUUCUCGUCUUGGUCAUUGUCACUCUCUUGGUUGUCUGGGUCUCGUCCUUCUACCGAUCCAAUGGAAUCGUCACCAUCCUCGAGUUCACCUUGGCCAUCACCAUCAUCGGUGUCCCCGUCGGUCUCCCAGCUGUCGUCACCACUACCAUGGCUGUCGGUGCUGCCUAUCUCGCUAAGAAGAAGGCCAUCGUUCAAAAGCUCUCUGCCAUCGAAUCUCUUGCUGGUGUCGAAAUCCUUUGCUCUGACAAGACCGGUACUUUGACCAAGAACAAGCUCUCCCUCUCCGAGCCCUACACUGUCGCUGGUGUUGACCCAGAGGAUCUCAUGUUGACUGCCUGCUUGGCUGCAUCUCGUAAGAAGAAGGGUAUUGAUGCCAUCGACAAGGCUUUCUUGAAGUCGCUCAAGUACUAUCCUCGUGCCAAGUCCGUCCUUACCCAGUACAAGGUCCUUGAAUUCCACCCAUUCGAUCCUGUCUCCAAGAAGGUCAGCGCUAUCGUCGAAUCUCCCCAGGGUGAGCGCAUCACCUGUGUUAAGGGUGCUCCACUUUUCGUCCUCCGUACUGUCGAAGAAGACCAUCCAAUUCCAGAGGAGAUCGAUGCCGCCUACAAGAACAAGGUCGCUGAGUUCGCCACCCGUGGUUUCCGUUCUCUCGGUGUCGCUCGCAAGCGCGGUGAAGGUUCCUGGGAAAUCCUUGGUAUCAUGCCUUGCUCCGAUCCUCCUCGCCACGAUACCGCCAAGACUAUCAACGAAGCCAAGACCCUUGGCCUGUCGAUUAAGAUGUUGACUGGUGAUGCUGUCGGUAUUGCUCGUGAAACCUCCCGCCAACUCGGUCUUGGAACCAAUGUCUACAACGCUGAGCGCCUCGGUCUUGGUGGUGGUGGUACCAUGCCUGGAUCUGACAUCUAUGAUUUCGUUGAGGCUGCCGAUGGUUUCGCUGAAGUUUUCCCCCAGCACAAGUACAAUGUCGUCGAAAUCUUGCAACAGCGUGGCUACUUGGUUGCCAUGACUGGUGACGGUGUCAACGAUGCUCCAUCUCUCAAGAAGGCUGAUACUGGUAUCGCUGUGGAGGGUGCCUCUGACGCCGCUCGUUCUGCUGCCGAUAUCGUUUUCCUUGCUCCUGGUCUCUCUGCCAUCAUCGACGCCCUCAAGACUUCUCGCCAGAUUUUCCACCGUAUGUAUGCUUACGUCGUGUACCGUAUCGCCUUGUCUCUCCAUCUCGAGAUCUUCUUGGGUCUCUGGAUUGCCAUCUUGAACACUUCGCUUAACUUGGAGUUGGUUGUCUUCAUCGCCAUCUUUGCCGAUAUCGCUACCUUGGCUAUCGCUUACGACAACGCUCCCUUCUCCAAGACCCCUGUCAAGUGGAACUUGCCCAAGCUCUGGGGUAUGUCCGUUCUCCUUGGUAUCGUCCUUGCUGUCGGAACCUGGAUUACCCUCACCACUAUGUUGGUUGGCACUGAAGACGGCGGUAUCGUUCAGAACUUCGGUGUCCGUGACGAGGUUCUCUUCCUUGAAAUCUCUCUCACUGAGAACUGGCUCAUUUUCAUCACCCGUGCCAACGGUCCCUUCUGGUCUUCUAUCCCCUCGUGGCAGCUCGCUGGUGCUAUCUUGGUUGUCGAUAUUGUCGCCACCUUCUUCACUCUCUUCGGUUGGUUCGUUGGUGGCCAGACCUCCAUCGUCGCUGUUGUUCGUAUCUGGAUCUUCUCCUUUGGUGUGUUCUGCGUGAUGGGUGGUGUGUACUAUAUCCUCCAGGGUUCUACUGGAUUCGACAACAUGAUGCACGGAAAGAGCCCCAAGAAGUCUCAAAAGCAACGUUCUCUCGAAGAUUUCGUUGUUUCAUUACAACGUGUCUCUACUCAACACGAGAAGAGCGCGUAAAGGGGAAAAAAAGAGGGAUUUAUAGCAAGGCCUUGUUGAGGAAUAGAUUUGUGGAGUGGAAUAGAACCAUUUUCGUCUCUUUUCUUUUUUUUCCACCGCGGUGCGGGUCUUUUGGUUAGGGGGGAACAAUACAACAUUUUCUUAAUCGUCACAGCUUGGUCACAAGCACCCUAAUAUCCCCUUACCCCCACCCCCAACAACAACAUUCGAUGAAGCGCCCAAAAAAAUAGUGAUGCUGUCACCCUCCAUAUAACUUACCUUGGCAAGAGUCACCAGAAAUAAAAAAAGAUUGAAAAUGUUCCCGGUUGUAUUUGGACGCGAGAAGGAAAACAAUACCCUUUUAAGUUGCCCAGUUUGUCUACCAGAAAAAGAGUGUUCUCAAUUGUGUUUUGAAUACAAGUUGGGAUGCUAUUUUUGAAUUUUGUACAGUUGUUAUUAAACCCCCUCGAAUACUAGUUUGACAGCAUAUAUUAUUCAUUGCUGGUUUUGCAUUGACUUGGCUUGUUCUGCUCAUCGUGUGUCUUGGACAUAGUCGCUGCUGACUCUGGUUCAAAGCUGAAAUUUUUUGAGAGCUUGGGUAACUCUCCUCUUCUUCAUGGGUACCCCUGUAUAGGCCUUCAUACGGAUAUCCUUUGCAACAGUCAAUCAUGGUUUUGUGGCUAAUUUUGGUGCUACAGCUUGUGUGUAGGUUGGGUACGGCCGGACAGGACGUCGUUGCAGCAUCCUUUCUUCUGACAGCAUUUUUCAAGCUGAUCGUUUCUUUUCUUUUCUUUUCUUUUCUUUUGUUCUUUGCGGCCAAUCGAUAAAUCCCCCCUUGAUAGAUCACUCUGCCCCUUGUUCCUUCACCGAUUGACCUCGUUGAAUUAUAUAAUCUAUAAUAUCAUUUUUGUCCUUGGUGAGCGUUUCCUCCUCGGCGCUAUCUUUUGUCUAUAUGGCUAGUCGAGAACCGUCGUUUGUAUAAUAAGCUCUAGAUAAACUUCAUCUUUUUAAGGACA